UCUAGGUAAAUUGAUGGUUUUUGCUUGCGACCACACUCGAAUUAACUAAAAUAGAAAUAAUAGUUUAUGACUCAGAAUUUAGGCUGUUUGGUUCUUUCACAGCCAUUAUUCAUCACCAUCUAAUGUGUAAUGUUGAUUAGGCUCCCGGUCAACUAAGCCGUAGUUGAAAUCAAUCACUUUUUGGAGCAGCUGCUAAACGACGAAACAAAGGCGUGUGGAAGUGUGUGACCCAAGUGUACUUGAGUGGGCGCCGAAUAAACUACAAAAACAAACAAGCGAUGGUGGGAAUUAUCGAUGAAGCGCAGCUGUUUUAUCCGUUAGGAACUCGCAUCAAGAUAGCGGACAACUAUGGCACAGUGCGGUAUGUAGGAGAGGUAAGCGGUCACAUGGGAUCCUGGCUGGGCAUUGAGUGGGACGAUGGGCAGCGUGGCAAGCAUAAUGGAAUUGUAGACGGUAAGCGCUUCUUUCAGACGCAGACUCCAACAGCUGGCAGCUUUAUCCGUCCUGGCAAGGUGGGACCUUGCGCCACUCUAGAGGACGCUGCACGGGAGCGGUACCUGAACUACGACUCAAGCAACGUGGACGAGUCUCUCAUCCGCGAGGCUCAGGCCAGUCUGCAGGCGUCGCUCUUCGAGGUCGUGGGAAUGGAUAAAAUCGCUCGCAAGCAGAGCAAAUUUGAGCAGCUGGCGGAGGUGAGCGUUGAGCAGACGUCGGUAAACGCAGCCGGGUACCUAAAGGAAUUGACUCAUUUGACCACGCUGAACGUCAGUCACACCUUGAUCUGGAAUUGGGAGAUCGUGGCCAGCAUUGCGCAGCAGCUGCCCUCCCUGAAUAGCCUGGACCUAAGCUCCAACCGACUGGUUCUACCCUUGGCAUCCCAAAUCACAGAUCUAGAACCUGCCUUCCGGCAACUAAAGCGCAUUAACCUUGGCAGCUGUGGAUUCACGAACUGGAAGGAUGUGAUGCAAACUGCGCUGCUCUGGCCAAAUAUUUUGUCUCUGGGAUUGCAAGAUAACUCUUUCGGUCACCUGGACGAGGUCGAUGGGAAGAUUAUCUUUAAGCGGCUUCAGGAGCUCUACUUGCAUCGCACAAAUAUAAUGGAUUUUGACCAGGUUGCGAAGUUGGGAAAACUGACGACGUUGCGAUUGUUAAAUCUCAUGGAGAACGGUAUCGAGGAGAUAAGACUUCUCGACUGUGAUCCACAAGAAAAGCUUAAUAUUUUUGUUUCUCUGGAGCAGUUGAACCUUCUUCACAAUCCUAUUUGGAAUGAAGCUGAUACGUUCAACGAGCUAGACAAGCUGCCCAAGCUAAAACGCCUUAGUAAGACUCCACACUUAAAGUCAAAUUUUGAUGAAAUGGUCUCGAAAGCUGUGGCUAGCAUAGCCGGGCUACAAUUCUUAAACAAUGCCGAGAUUUCACCAGAAAAAAGACGCGGUGCGGAAUACGACAUUUGGAAGAAGUAUGCACUGGACUGGAUGCAGGCGACGAACCAAGGAUCGGAUAGCUUACGGGAGUUCUGUCGAAAACAUCGCACUUACCCAUUGCUGAUUACAAAGUAUGGUUCUCCGGUAGACUUUAUACCGCGCAGCCAAGCAAAGCAAUCGAACCUAAUUAAUAUUUGCAUACGGCAUCAGUUGACGGGCGAGACCUGGGAGAAAAAAGUUCCACGAAUGAUUACUGUACAGACUCUGCAGGGUCUGGUUAUUAAGCGAUUUCGGCUAAGCGGUAAUGUGCCUCAGCUGUCCUAUGUUGAUGCCCGGCAUCCAGAUCUAGUUGUUCCUCUAGACAACAAUGCAAAAACGCUGGACUUUUAUUCUGUACAGGAGCAUGACACGGUUUUGGUUCGAUAAGGUCCCGUAAUUCGACCUUGCAUACAAUCCCUUAUCCGUAUUCAGAAUUGGUAUUUUAGUUUUAGGCAAUCAAAACUCCAAAUUUCAUUGUUCGAUUUUAUUUUUUUACCCUACUACCUAUUAAAAAUAAUAAUUAUAUUUUUUAGGUGCUAAUAAGAUUAAAUUUCCACUAAGUAAUUAAACACAAGGAUAAUUAUA